CAUUUUGUAUUCAACUUUAUUUUUGUAAGGUACGUUUAAAAAAGUUUGUGCCAUGAAAUCAUAGUUAUAAUAGAUGUUUACGUAAAUAUAAUACAUCAAAAUGAAAGUUUAGCAUAAUUUAUAAGUUGGUACAUGAAUACAAUGGCACGUAAUUCAGAUAUUUUAUAUAUGACUGAAUAUAUAAAAAAUGUUCUUUAUUUCGCAACUGUGAGACCAGGAAAGUCACUUAAAAACACAGAAGAAACACAUUACUUCUGUAUAGAUAAUGAAUUAAUAUAUGAAAACUAUUAUUCCGACUUUGGCCCUUUAAAUUUAGGAUGUGUUUACAAGUAUUGCAAAAUUCUGAAUGAAAAGUUAAAACAGUACUUAAACAAACAGUGUAUUGUACAUUAUACUUCUAUGGAUCCAAAGAAAAAGGCGAACGCGGCAUUCCUUAUGGGAAGUUACGGUGUUUUGUAUUUGAGUUUACCGCCGAAAGAUGCAUUGGAACCGCUCCUGGUUCACGGACAAUGUUACAGGCCAUUUCAAGACGCUACACAGGGUGACUCAAAUUAUACAAUAACUAUAAUGGAUUGCUUGCAAAGCUUAUCUCGAGCAAGAGAUUUGGGUUUUUUUGAUUUUCAAGAUUUCAACUAUCAAGAAUAUGAGAGAUUGGAUAAAAUACAGGGAGACCUUAAUUGGAUUGUACCCGAUAAAUUUUUAGCUUUCAUUGGUCCAGUUGAUUACAACCACGUGUCAUCCUUAUACCAUCCUCCUGAGAUAUACGUGGAUUACUUUAAAGAAAAUAAUGUCCAAAUAGUUAUGAGGCUAAAUAAAAAGCUUUAUGACAGUAACGUCUUUAUUAACAGCGGUAUAAUGCAUUACAACUUAUUCUUCCCGGACGGAUCAUGUCCACCUCGACAUAUAUUAUUGAAAUUCUUGCAAAUAAGUGAGGAAUGUGACGGAGCUAUAGCAGUCCACUGCAAGGCAGGUUUAGGUCGCACUGGUUCACUAAUUGGCUGUUAUUUGAUAAAGCAUUAUCGUAUGACAGCACACGAGGCUAUAGCCUGGAUGAGAAUCUGUCGACCUGGCUCUGUCAUAGGUCAUCAGCAGAGUUGGCUGGAAGAGCUUGAACCGUGGCUUAUAAAACAAGGAAAUCUUUAUAGGAGACGUAUGUAUCAAGAUAUGAACAGGCUUCCUGUACACGAUUAUGGAAUCUAUUCGAUGACUGAGAAGAUUAAUAGACAACGACCUGUCGUUUUGAGUAAAUCCCCCUCGCCACCGCCUCCCUUUCAGAGACAAAAUAGAAACGAUGUUUCGACUUCCUCUCGACCGCAGGCGUCAAAAAUAAGAGAAGCUCCUGGUAAAACGGUCGAAAGUGAGACGUCGCAUUUGAAUGAGCAGUUAAACAUUGUCAAAAACGUUCCACUUUCAAAAAGGGUAUCGAGAGAAAUGAGUGAAUCGAGAUCUCGUCGCAGCGGUGGCGCCGGUGAACCUCGAACGAUGAGAUCGUCCAGAAAUAAGACACCUAGUGUAAAAGUUUCAACAAAUGAUAAUUCAGUUAAGAAUAUGGGCUGGUGUUGCCCAUAUCGUCCGAGCAGUCCCGUCCCGAUAGAAACGCUAAGUGACGCUAGGAAACUCUUGAUGCGAAGUACUCUAUAUAACAACGAAAUAAGAGAGAAAAAAUUAGACGCAGCCAUAACCGUUAAACCACAAAUUUCAAACAAACCUUCUAUAAUUCAAAGGCCAGUUCCCGGCACUGUCACUAAAAUUGCACCUACAAAUUUGAGCCAAAUUACUAGGGGUUCAAUACAACCAAGUAAUCGCCGUCGUCUGGGUCGUAGUCCUAGUCCACCACAGAUGAGAAUAGAACAUAGUCGCGCUACAAAUACACCACCGACUGAGUGCUUUUCGACUCGUGAUUCUAAGGUUGCUUUAACAGAAGCGUUAUCGAGACUCAAAUUAUCAGCACCUCAAGACAGAUCGGUAGGCGCAUCUUCAUUAGGAGCCCGAAGAGAUGCUCCGGCAGGUCGGAGGGCCCCCUCUGUACACUCAGACGAGAGGCCGUUUGCAACUCAAGGGGAUUUGCUUAACAGCAUCAAAUUCCAACGAAGACUGCGGGAAUGUUUUGUCGUUGGAAAAAAUCUUAACGAAAGGAACAGCAUCACUACCAAAGAAAAGCCUCUCGUGUUUAAAGUGAAUUCAAGAACGAUUGCAGGAACAAAAGCUACCGUUGGACAAGAUAUUAGUGGUUCAAAAGACAAACCUGUGACGUCUGUGUCGAGAGCACUUCACAACCAGCGGCCGUGUUCCCCCAAGGGCAGAAGGUCACCGCAUGCGCCAUUUUAUUGAGACAUAAUGUUAUGUGAAUUGUUAAAAUUUAAUGUGGAUAGGAAAAAUAAAAUUUGGUACAAAAUAAUUUUAUUUUUG